UAUCGCGCAUCAGUUCACGGACUAGCGUCAUCAACGAACGAGAGAGGCGCAGUGUUUUGGAUGUCAUUGUCAUAUGCGACGGCAGGCAUGGCCAGCAUCUUGACGUUUUGUUUGCUGCUCGUCGUCGUAUCGGCAAAGUCGAGUUAUACCACGCGGCGCUCAUUACGAUCGUGGGUGAAUCCGGACUGCAACGAGCUGUGCCGUGAACGCAACGUGACGACGCUCUACCUGCGAGCCGACGGCCCGAACGACACGUUACAUUACUUAUGGGAUUUCGUCAGCAAUCCGUCCGUACUGCUGGCGGUUACGCCAUCGUCCGCCUGGCUCAACAUCAGCUGGGACGAUUAUCUCGCGAGGAGAGAGAAGUCGCUUAUCUUCUCCGAGAAGCCCUACUACACUUUUGGGAUAAUAAUAAAUAAGAUUAUCGAGUUCAACGACAGAAAUGACACGGCACUGAUUUACACUGCCGACGUCGCCAAUACGAAUGUUUUGCGUCCCGAAUAUUUCAAGUGGCGGCGCGUAUCUCUGUCGCAAAACAAGGAAUUCGUCUCUCUGGAUAUGGAGGGUAACUCUUAUCACGAUACUGCUAAGAAUAUCAGCAGAUACGGGAGUGUAAAGCUUUCGCUCCGAGGAUUCUGCACCCUCGCUCACUCGGAUAUGUUGCCGCAUAUGCUGCACACGGAGAAUUCGACCCAAGUGGACAUUAUUCUCGAUCACAUUCAGACCAACGAAACGUUUUCCAAUAGCAGAUUCGCUAUUGAAUUGCUUGCGGUCGGCGGUGGCAACCCCAAGAUACCGAUGAUCAUUGAUACUAAAAAGAGUUUGGACGACGAGCACACGCCGGGUAUAUUCAAGGUUAUCGAAGUUAGAACGCCACCGUAUAACAAACUGGACGGCGCGUUAUUCUCCGGAGCGUAUUUACAGUGGCGACCGGUGUCAUACAACACCGCAUCACGCGAUGUAACCAGUUCGACGGAGACAAAGGAAUAUCCACCAGAGAAAGUGUUCAAUCAUACGAGCGCGAUCGAAAAUUCGAUGCUCUACUGUUAUUACGGAAGCGACGUGGACGAUCUCCUUUUACAGAAGUUGACGGUUUCUUUGGGCAUGGAAGGGGACGGUUUUUACAAGAAGACGCAUUAUUCCACAUGGACUUUUAUAAUCGGAUAUGGCACACCGCCCGAAGAGAGAUUUUCCUCUUUAGUGAUCAUGAUUAUCUCAAUCGGCCUUGGCCUUCCUUUGCUCAUUAUGAUCAUUACCGGACUGUACCUUUGCAUUCGUAGAAGGAAACGACAAGGCAACGUUUAUUUAAGUCGAUAAAAAUGCUCAAACUCGUUACAUUUAGGCGCUAUUAUACCACCAUUGUUCUACACAAAGAGAUAUUCCUAUAUUUAUAUGCAACACGUAUAUUUUUACACGAACUAUUUAGCUCGGAUCUGAUAUCAGUGUGAUAAGCGUGAGUGAUAAUCCGUUCUUUCACAACGUAUUUAGCGUUAAGUGCGAGGCUUGAGUGUGGUUGCCUAGUUCUUUGUUAUUAAUAUUUUAGGAUAAUACAUUUGCAAUAAUGCGUUGUGCGUUGCCAUUUGAUGCAAACGUAACAUUAGAACCAGCCACACUCGUUCCUGAAUAUAUUACGAGAAAGCGCGACGUGUGUGUUAAUUUGUGCGAAAGAUUUGAACUUUUCUAGACGAUUUCUUAUUGAACAUUGUAUGUGUGUGUGUGAAUACAGGAUGCAUGAUUUAUGAAAUAUAUCCUAUAAUAAGUUGUACUACA